GCAGGAGGACGACAAGCCUUUCCAGGUCAAGCUGUCAGACGAAGCUUUCGAGACCUACGAGCUAGACCCGCCACCAUACACAUUAGAGACAACCAAGAAAGAGCUGAAAAAAAUGUACUACGACAUGGUCGCAAUUCGACGAAUGGAAAUGGCCGCCGACAGAUUAUACAAAGAGAAGAAGAUUCGAGGUUUCUGCCAUCUUUCCACCGGUCAAGAAGCUGUCGCUGUCGGUAUCGAGCACUCCAUUGAGAAGCAGGACCACCUUAUCACCGCCUACCGAUGCCACGGUUUCGCCCUGAUGCGCGGCGCUAGCGUUCGUUCCAUCAUCGGCGAAUUGCUCGGACGACGGGAGGGAAUCGCCUAUGGCAAGGGAGGCUCUAUGCACAUGUUCUCGACAGGCUUCUACGGUGGCAACGGUAUCGUCGGUGCGCAAGUACCGGUCGGUGCAGGAAUUGCUUUUGCGAACCAGUAUGAGGGCAAGAAGAACGUGACCCUUGCUCUUUACGGUGAUGGUGCUAGCAACCAGGGUCAAGUCUUCGAGGCGUUCAACAUGGCUAAGCUAUGGAAUCUCCCUGUCAUCUUUGGAUGCGAGAACAACAAAUACGGUAUGGGUACAGCAGCGAACCGCUCCUCCGCGAUCACCGACUACUACAAGCGUGGACAAUACAUCCCGGGUCUCAAGAUCAAUGGUAUGGACGUCCUCGCUGUCAAGGCUGCUGUGAAGUACGGCAAGGAGUGGUGCGCCGCUGGCAAGGGUCCUCUCGUCUACGAAUACGUCACCUACCGAUACGGAGGUCACUCCAUGUCCGACCCAGGUACCACCUACCGAACCCGCGAGGAAAUUCAACGCAUGCGCUCCACCAACGACCCCAUCGCCGGCUUGAAGCAGAAGCUGCUCGACUGGACCGUGGUCACCGAGGACGAGCUCAAGGCCAUCGACAAGGAGGCCCGCAGCCACGUCGAUGAGGAGGUUGCCGCGGCUGAGGCCAUGGACGUCCCACCCGCGACCCCGGAGGUCCUUUUCGAGGACAUCUACGUUCGUGGCUCGGAGCCACAAUUCCUGCGUGGCCGUGUCCCGGAGGAAAACUUCUACUACCCCGACCGACCAGUGCAGGUGCCCAAGAGCCCGGCGCAGACCUGAGAAUAUGAGGGAUAUAGUUGGGGGCCUCUUCAUGUGAUUUUAUUGUGUUUUAGGGAUUUUCGGUGUCAAAGCAAAGCAUCUUGGCUCUCGGCGCGUGCGUGCUGUCUCUUCCGUACUAAGCAGAGAUCUGUCCUCGGGGCUCGAUGUAUCUCCUAUAGCAAGGUUUUCUGGAAUGGCGUAGGGAUAAUAAUAUCUGAUGAAAGACCUUUUCGGAACUGGAGUUAUGUGUUCUAUUGCUCAUUGAGAUGACAAAUGCUACCUCAUUCGAUGAUGACG